AUGCCUAUGACGUCCAGUCCCGUGUCUGAUGACAACGCCGAGAACGACUCCGACCACAGCUCCUACGAUAGUUCUGCCAUCUCUGUUGAUGGUGAUUCAGACGGCGAUUCAGAAGAUUCCGAUUUUGCGCCGGAUGAGCUGGGCAUCUACACUGGCCCUGAGACAGAUGCCGUCUUGGCCCAAAGUCACGCGCACUGGCACAAUGCCCUGCGAGCCGCCCAGUCAGCACGUCCUGGUCAGUUCCCUGACAAUGCGUUCGAUCUCAAGGGGCUGCUCCUCUGCGUACCAGCCUUGCCAGACUCUAUCCGAGCGACGUAA